AUGCGACACACCUUUUUUGUGCCGGCGCGUAACUCCCGGCAUCGCAUCGCGGCUCUAGCUCUGUACCGUGCCCUCGUCCGAUCAGCUCGACAGGUUGAGCUCCCCACGGAACAGAAGCAGGUUGGCGGCGGCCUCUCCUCCAGCGGGAAGACGGUGCACCCACUCGCCGACAUGGUCAAGAGGCGCUUUCAGAGUAACAAGAGCUACACCAGCCUUCGGCUCGUCUACUCUUCCAUGUCGGCAGGCUACAAGUUCCUAUCUAUCUUGACCAAGGCACGGAUCGUCGACUCCCCCGAGCACGACCGAGUCGUCAACCUGAUUAGACAGCCGCAGGCCAAGAAGACAUCCGACCGGUCAUCGGGUUCAUCAUCAUCGUCAUCACAACCGAAACCGAAGAAGCAGACAACCUCCGGUGAGAAGGGGCAGAAGAAGAAGCGCCCCCCGCUCCUCGUCAACGUCGCAGAACCCGGCCAGCCACCCCGCUACACGGGCCGACCCCGCCCGGCCUCGAUACUCAAGCAUCCCCGUCGGGUGCCGACCCUGUGCGCUGAAUCGCUGGGCUACCCGUUCCUGCGGUACAGGAAGCCGCACCCGCCCACGCUGGACAGCAUGGUGGCGCGGAACCGCAUGCUCUGGGAGGCCCGGGUGGCCAGCGUGAUACGGGCCGAGGAGGAGAUGGCCCCUGCCGCGGCCCUCGAGGACAGGUGGGAGGAUGCCCUGCAGGAGGAGAUGGCCAGAGCCGGGCUGCCCAACGUGUCCGUUCCCACCGUGAGCCCCAUGCCCGCCCUGUCGGCCGAGGCGGACGCCAUACGUCAGGAGUACGUGCAGAAGGGGAGGCCGCUGCCAGUCGAGGACGGCGGGGACCCGUUCAUCUACCCUGUAUGGGCGUCUGUGGUGCAGAGGUCCGAGGGCAGGCUGAAGAGGUGGAUGGCGCGUACGCCGCGGGGGGAUGAUAGAUACUGGAAGGCGUUUGAGCGGCAGGUGCGGAAGAGCGGUAAGGGCAGUGUUGUUGGUGAGGAUGAGGAUGGUGAUUUCUGGUCUUCGAUCAGAGCGCAGAGGCAUGAUUCUACGUGA